AUGGCGAGAAACCAGCGUGAAUUCGAAGGUUGGGAAAUAAUCAAACGCGACAGCGAAGGGCAGCUACUAGAAAAUGACAUAGAAACGCGAAGGAGUCGCCGUAGAGGCGACCGAGGUGGCGAAAGAGAGCAUAUUUCUCUUCUCAGACUCAGUGACCAGACAGAACUACGCUGUGGAGACUCAAUUAUGAUGAGAGACGAACAACUCGACUCUUUUUCAAUCUAUAUGAUACACGAGAUCCGCCUCAACACGUUGAAUCAUCCAGUGGAAAUUUGGGCCUUCACUUACCUGAGAAUAUUUGAAUUCGACAAGCUCGAGUACAUCCUGGCCAGUGACCUUAAGCUUUCUCCGGAGACCAGCAACCUAGAUGACCUUAGGGACAAAGAAAUUUCUAAUCUGUUUGAAAAAACGGUUCAUUCUGACGAGCUAGGAUUGACAGCAGAGCUAUGUGAAAUUUACCUUACUGAUUAUAUAUCGAAGGUUAGGGUUCUCGACGCCCGGGAGUUUUUCAGCUCCCACGCUGAACAAUCCAAGCAUAAACAUUUCUUAGUGCAGUAUGCAUGUGAACCCUCGGGAGUUUCUUUCAAUAAAGUGGAUAUCCACCGUGCGGAACGGAAUGUUGUAAUGAUGGAGCCAAAGUCGUCGCACAGGUAUGUGAAAGAAUUAACCUUAAAAGGACCUAGCACCAAGGGAAGGAAAAAACCAGCCACAUCGAAACAGCUUGGUGCUAGUCCUUCGCCGUCGCCUCUACUGCAGCAAAAAACGGGGACUUCCAUAUUAUCAAUUAAUAGGCCUGAACUCCAAGAGGGGAAAGUUCAAGAAAGAGCUUAUGGAGAGGCCGGACAAGCUAGCGACGAAGAGUCUAACAUCUCUAGUAGCCAAGAGGUCGAUGAUUUUCAGGAUGCAACUGAUGGUCUCAGACAAUUUAACACUAAGGGGACCAAUGUUAUAUUGAUGGAAAAUGCUAGAAGUUCUAGCUCUAGCUCCAGCUCUAAUUCGAGCGUGAGCUCUGACACAAGUAAAGGUCCUUCAACUCCUGAAGCUCACAACCAAGGCAAUGGACAUAAGUUCAGUGGAGAGAAACGUAACAGAAGUACGCCAGGGACCAAGAAUAUGGAAAAUGAGAAGACAGGUGAGGAAAUCGAACAAAAUGAUGGAUACGAGGGAGAUGACUUAGAGAAUGAGAACGACAAUGUGCCGGAACGGGAAGAAGAAAUAGAAGAUGACGAGGGGGAAGACGGGGAGGACGAGGAGGAAGAUGAAGAGGAUGAAGAGGACGAAGAGACUGGUGCGACUGAUGAUGAGGCAGAAGAUUCGGAAGACGAACCCGAGAGGAUCGCAAGGAGUACACGAAAGCGGUCCUUACGUACUGGUGUUAGCAGCCCCCAGAAGAGAACAAGAUCGUCUAAAGCUGUAACCUCUUCCAAAAGCAACAAAGUCAAUGGAUCGAAUUCUGUGGGCCUAAAAAAAUACACGAAGAAAAACGUUUCGAGGGCGAAGAAGGCUUACACGUCCUUUUCGAAAAGAUUCAAAAGAACUCAAGACAUCCCUGACUUGACGAAGCUAGCAGAGUUUAAUCAGGAUCAAAUUGACCUCGAUGUGGCUGCUCUUGAGAGCAAACUAAGAAGUCCCAAGAAGCAACAUACGACUGAAACAAUUUUUUCAAAAGUUAAGCAGCAGUUGUACACGUCGCACGGUAAGGACUCUAUCAUGAAGGCCAGCAACUUUGAUGAUUAUUUGCCCGCCCGUGAGAAUGAAUUUGCUUCUAUUUAUUUGAGCCUUUACAGUGCCAUAGAGGCCGGUACAGGAACGACUGUGUACGUUGCUGGAACCCCCGGUGUUGGUAAAACGUUGACAGUUAGAGAAGUUGUGAAAGAACUGCUUCAAUCUGUUGACCAGAAUGAGCUCCCAAAAUUUCAGUACGUUGAAAUCAACGGACUAAAAAUGAUUAAACCAUCAGAUAGUUAUGAGGUACUCUGGAACAAAAUUUCAGGUGAGAGGCUUACAUCGGGGGCUGCUAUGGAGUCGCUGGAAUUUUAUUUCAACAAAGUGCCAAAAAAUAAAAAGAGACCAAUAUUGGUCCUUCUGGAUGAGCUGGAUGCUCUUGUUACAAAAAGUCAAGACGUGAUGUACAAUUUCUUCAAUUGGACGACUUAUACAAACGCGAAACUAGUUGUUGUCGCUGUCGCUAACACCAUGGACUUGCCGGAAAGACAGCUAGGCAACAAAGUGUCGUCAAGAAUUGGCUUUACGAGAAUCAUGUUCACGGGUUAUAAUCAUGACGAACUGAAAACAAUCAUUAAUUUGAGACUGAAAGGAUUAAAUGAAAGUUAUUUUUACGUCGAUGCUAAGAAUGGAAGUGCUCACAUUAUAACAGAUGAGAACGAGACUCCUGAUUUUGACCCCUCUGAUAUGCUUAAAGUAAAAUUGAAAAUCGCACCUGAUGCUAUCGAGAUUGCCUCCCGUAAAAUUGCAAGCGUCAGUGGAGAUGCUAGAAGGGCGUUAAAAGCUUGUAAGAGAGCAGUCGAAAUUGCAGAGCAUGAUUACAUGGAACGCCAUGGGUACGGGUAUGAUGGUACCGAGAAGCUUCCCCCCAAGAAACUCACAAGGGAGUCCAUUUUUGCUGAUGAUGAAAAUGUUCAAUAUGUCAAAAUUUUCCACAUUAUGAAGGCUCUGAACGAAUCUGUUACCUCUCCUGUCGUGCUAUUUAUGACCAAUCUACCAUUCACAACUAAGCUUUUUCUUCACUCCAUGGUGGCUCUCAUAAGAAAAACAGGCUGUCAGGAACAACCAUUAGGAGACAUUGUGGAUGAAAUCAAGUCCUCAAUCGAUGCAAAUGGUAAGAAUAAAUACAUUGUGGAGAUGCAAAGGGUCCUAUUCAAUCAAGAUAAAGAACUUACACUGGAACAGCUUCGGAUCGUAUCCUGGGAAUUUUUGGUAAAUCAGCUUAUUGAAGCGGGGAUCAUCAUUAGGCAAAACCUGAAGAACGAACGGCUAAGUGCGAUAAAGUUCAGUGUCUCCCUUGAGGAUGUUAAGUUCGCCUUGGAUCAGGACAAAGUGAUGAAAACAAUUUAA